AUGCUGCAGCUGCUGCUGUUGCUGCUGAUGGGGCGGCCGCUUCCCGUCGACGCCGCAGCCGCCGCCACCCGCCCGCAGCAGCAGCGGGCGGCGCUGCCGGGGGGCGUCCCCGCCGCCGCGGCGGCCUCAGGAUCUGUUUUUACACUAAAAGUUCAAGUAAAUGACAUCAUCAGUCAUCAGUACCUGCGACAAGCGGUUGUGGAAGUGUUUGUUAACUACACGAAGACAAAUUCUACUCUUACUGGUAGCAAUGGAGCAGUAUUAAUAAAAGUUCCCUACAAAUUAGGAUUAAGCUUAACUAUCCUAUCGUACAAGGAUGGCUACAUGUUAACACCUUUGCCUUGGAAGACUGGGAGAAUGCCAAUAUACUCGUCUGUGACGCUUUCAUUAUUCCCACAAAGUCAAGCUAAUAUAUGGCUGUUUGAAGAUACUGUCUUAAUUACUGGAAAACUGUCUGAUGCCAAAUCUCAACCAAGUGUUCAGUUUCCAAAAUUUUUAAUAAAGCUUCCAACAAAUCACCAUAUUACAAAUGUUACAGCCUAUCUGACAGUGCCAGAGCAAUUUUUGAAAGUGGACAGCUUUCUCUACACAACAGGAAUUCUUCUAAAUAAAUCUGGUUUCAAAAGCAUGGAAUUAGCUCCUCUUGCUGCAAUAUGCGUAAAUGUUCUUUUGACUGGGAAAGAACUGAAAGUAAAUGGUCCCAUUCAGAUUACACUUCCUCUUCCCACAAGUACUGUAAAAUCAGGAGAUGCUAUACCUGCAUGGACAUUCGAUAUGAAAACUGGUGCCUGGGUAAGCCGUGGGCUAGGAAUGGUAAAGGAAGCAGAUGGUCAAUUAGUAUGGACAUAUACUGCUCAACACUUAGGCUACUGGAUAGCAGCUCCACUGCCUGGAACAAGAGAAUCCAUUAUUAGUGCGGUUUCCAAGGACAUAACAGCCUAUCACACAGUCUUCCUUACGGCCAUACUGGGAGGUACUGUUGUCAUUAUCAUUGGAUUUUUUUCUGUUCUUCUUUGUUACUGCAGGGAUAAAUGUGGUCGGACGCAAAAGAAGGAAAAAAAUACAACUAGACUGGAGGUCAUAAAAAAAGACCAGACAACGUCAACAACUCACAUAAAUCACGUCAAUGCUGUCAAAGGGUCUUUACAGUUGGAGGAUAAGUCACAGUUAUAUACACCGAAGAUUUCUUCAUACAGCCCUCAAAGAAGGAUGUCCAUAGACACAGAAGAGGGAAAAUCACGAGACAAUUUUAAAAUCUACACAGAGGAUGCUUCUUAUCAGUCAUCAUGUCAGACUGGUCAGUCAAGAAAUUCAGCCAAUUCAUUGGAGCCUAAUGCUGGAGUUAGGCAUUUACAGCCGCCAAAACAUAGUAACGCUACUAUUUCCCAGGCUCCUAGGGACAUUCAAGACCAAAACAGGUACCUUUCACUGAAAGAGGAGAUGUAUGGGCUUUCCCAUAUCCCAGAACAUCUAAUGCAUCUUUACAAUCAACCUAUUGCUAUUCUUCAAACCUCUGACCUUUUCCACUCCCCAGAACAAUUGCAUCCUGCAAAAUCAGCAACUUUGCCAAGAAAAGGGCAGUUAGUAUAUAGCCCCAUGAUGGAACCCAUGAAUCGUGACAGUUACAUGCAAACGUUACCAAAAAUGCCAGUGCACUCUCAUCCACAGCCUUCUGUCUGCAGAGAUGAAAACAGUACAUUAGAUAGUGAAGAGGGCUUACCUUCUCAAACAUCAAACUGGGGCCGGUACACUAAUAGCUUACUGGAGUCUGUCUCUGUUCCUGGGACAUUGAAUGAAGCGGUUGUAAUGACUCCAUUUUCAUCUGAACUUCAAGGUAUUUCAGAACAAACAUUAUUGGAACUCUCUAAAGGAAAACCAUCUCCGCACCCUCGAGCAUGGUUUGUAUCCCUGGAUGGAAAGCCGAUCGCUCAAGUGAGGCAUUCUUUCAUAGAUCUGAAAAAGGGCAGAAAAACAGAGAGUAAUGAUACCAGUCUGGACUCUGGUGUGGACAUGAAUGAGCAUCAUCCUAGUAGGAAACUGGAGAGAGAGAAAACUUUCAUAAAAAAUAUGCCGCAUUCUAAGAUUCUUUACUUGGAAGAUCUGGAUCUAAGUAGCAGUGAAAGUGGGACCACUGUUUGCACUCCAGAGGACCAGGCUGUGAGGCAUAUUUUGGAUGGAGGGAAUGGGCCAGUUGUAGAACAGCAUGAUGAAGAAGGUCUAAGAAGAAAAACUGUAUCAGGAAGUCACGAAACUGGUAUCCCUUCUGCUAAAAAAAGGGAUAGGCCAUCUAUCACGAGAAGAGAUAGCAAAACCAGUAUCUGGAAGAAAAGAGAGGAGAGGCCACUUAUUCCUAUAAAUUAAAACACAAUGUGCUUUGUCUUGUUGCUCUCCCUGCUGGUUAUUGAUCUCUUGGCUACUUCUGUAAUUCUGCAAUGUUGGGUUUACAAGGGAAAGGUUGUUUUCUAGUAUCAAGAAAAGUUGUUUGUUUUUUUUAAUAUA